GUGGUAUUGUCACCAACCUGAAAAGAGGAAAGAGUGAUGGAGGAAAGUAAAGCGAUGAAGCAACAGCCGAAGAAAAAUUUGUGGAAACCAGAAGAAGAUUUGAUCCUCAGAAACUAUGUGGAAACUCAUGGUGAAGGGAAUUGGGCAACUGUCUCCCAGGAAUCAGGUUUGAUGCGAGGUGGGAAAAGCUGUAGGCUGAGAUGGAAGAAUUACCUCAGGCCUAAUAUAAAACGUGGGGGGAUGUCCAAAGAGGAAGAGGAUCUAAUUAUCCGUAUGCAUAAACUUUUAGGCAACAGAUGGUCAUUGAUUGCUGGUCGGCUUCCUGGUCGAACUGAUAAUGAGGUGAAGAACUACUGGAAUACCCAUUUAAACAAGAAUGGCCUGCAAGACAAAAGAAAAGCUAAUGCCUCGAACAGCUGCAAGAAAAAUGAUGAUGACAACGAUGAUGAUGGGAAUAAUAAGAAACAGAAGAAAGUUAUCAAUCAGACUGGUUAUCCUCAACCACCAAUAUGCAGUGACAACGGGACAAAUUUGGCUCAUGAUACACAGAGAAGGAACCAAGAAGAGAACAGAGAAGUUACAGAUCCUUGGAAAAUUGAUGACAUAAGUUCUCAUUAUAAUAUAAACUCUCCAAUGGUUGCGGCAAAUAACGUGGCAUUUAAUUUUGACGACGAGCCUUACUUUGACCACCUUGAUCCUUUGUUCCUGUUUGAAGCAUUUGGAUGCAGUAGUGUUGAUGCAUCACUGGACAACAUGUAACUUGUAAUUCAUUAGAUUUUGAGAAACCACAUGCUCAGGUAGGCUUCUUAUUCUUUCCACCCAGUAAGAUGGUAAAUUGCCACCUCUUUUUAAGAUUUGGGACGAAAGCUUCAAAUUCAAGGAAACC